AAGCAAUCUUUUACGUGGAGAGAGAGAGAGAGAGAGAAUGGGGGAGGGGAAGUUUCCGAGAGAGAGAGAGAGAGCGAUCAUAUAAUAACUAUACCCCUCAACUGAAAAUCACGAUUUGGCUCUUUGCUUUCGGAACUAUCCUUCUCGCUUAACUCCGGCUUCUAGUUUUGUUUUUUCGCGGAAUUUUCGAAGCUUGUCGAAUUAGCUUUUUCUCGUCAUCCAGUUGAAACGGUGUUGCGCUUCGACUUGGACGCUCAGUCCUAAUUUGUGAUCCGUUUUGGUUCGUUUCCAAGCACUUCCAGCUGUCCGAUGGAGCGAAUUACGGGUGCUGAGGUUAGAUCCGCAAGUUGCGGUGAGAAACCCGAAGUAAUUCCAGUGGAGUCCCUUCAAUUCGGGGAAGAAAUUCAGAGGUUAAUGACGCCAGAAAAUGGCAGUUCCUUCACCGCCCUUCUCGAGCUUCCGGCUAACCAAGCAAUGGAGCUCCUACACUCGCCGGAGGCACAGCCCGUCGAAGAUUGGACUUGUCAUUGUCGGCCCUACCAUCCUGACUCGCUUAAUUGCACUCCUAUUUUCCCCUCCGACGCCUCUCUGCUUGAGCGAGCUUCCAUGUUUUCAGUCUUCGCUACUGCCGAUAACUCGCCGGAAUCGAGCUCAAUCCCUCCGAAUUCAAGUUCGAACCCGCAGAAAGUGAAAGCAGAACCGCUUGAUUUGGAUUCGAAGCCAGAUUCAUCUAAACCACAUGCUCAGAACAGCAAUCAGAAAUCAAAAAAGCGAAAGGAGCGAGAGAAGAAGGGAAAUGGCAAUGGGUCCGCGAAAAUGAGCAAAAGAUGUGUCGGAAAUGAAACCUCCGUCGCCGACGAGAAGCUUCCGUACGUUCACGUUCGAGCCCGUCGCGGCCAAGCUACAGAUAGCCAUAGCUUAGCUGAGAGAGCUAGGAGAGAGAAGAUUAAUGCUCGGAUGAAGCUACUUCAAGAACUGGUCCCCGGAUGCAACAAGAUUUCAGGCACAGCUAUGGUGCUGGAUGAAAUAAUUAACCACGUGCACUGCCUACAACAGCAAGUGGAGUUCUUGUCGAUGAGACUUGCAGCUGUUAACCCAAUAAUUGAUUUCAACCUUGACAGUUUAUUGGCCCCAGAAAGUGGAUGUACAACGGAUAGCAGCCAUCCAGGCAUGGGUAUGCCACUGAUGUGGCCAGAAGGACAAUUCAAUGGGAACAGACAACAGUAUCAACAGUUACACCACUUUGAUGGAUUUCAUCAGCCAGUUUGGGGAAGAGAGCAGAAUGCGAGUUACCUCAAUUCAGAGAACUCACUACUGAGUUAUGAUUCAUCAACAAAUUCAGGUAUUCUUCUAUGAAUGUAAGGAAGACAGCUAGUCUGCAGCAUCAGAACUGCGGGGCUCGUAUUUGUCACAGCCCAAUUUCUAGGGCCAUGACCAGCACUACCCUCUAACAGGUCGUGGAUCCCACUGAGAGUAGUAAGCCUCAUGUUUCAUAAUUCAUGUUUCACUUCAAUAAUAGAAUUUAAUGUCAAAUUCCCAUAUCAUGAUCUUGUACCAUCAUUAUCAAAUACCAUCGUUCUUAAUACAGAUCAACAUCUCAAUGCAUCUGAAAUUUUCAGUAUAAUUUGAUAAAAGAUCAAUACAUCUCUAUCUCAUUGCAUGUAGUUUAUUGUAUUCCCAGUGUGUGACUGGUAAGAAUGUAGUUAGGACCUCCUACUAUGAUCCUUGAAAUAGCACUGGUACCCAAACCCGCAACUAGAAACUAUAGUGGGGGUGAGCCAAAGGUCAAUGCACUCAACAAAAGUGGGAAAAGCAUUAUGAUGGGGCAAGUAAGAGUUAAUGCGCAGCAAGGUCAACUACUAAACAUGCCAUGACAUUUAAUAUGGUAACAGGAGGUAGAUAAAUAUGAUGUGAUGUUAGUAAUAAUCAUGAUGAAUAAAACAUGUAUAAUGAUGAGGGUAAACGAGUAGAAUUAAUAUCCAAUCAUUUGUAAACAUUGAACAAAUAACAUAAUGGUGGAACAAUCUCUCACUCAAAAAUUCUCCUGAUGAUAGAACAUACUCUAUCCCAUUUCAUAACAUAGUGGCAAAAUAAACUCUCGUGCAUUCCUAACAUUGUGGCAAAACAAACUCUCACCCAUUCUUAACUACAUGGUGCACCAACGGCUAAUUAAAUAUAUAAACUGUAAUUUGCAUAUAGUGUUUUGACUAGUUUCUCCCAAUGCCAUGGUUCAAUGAUCAUAAUAUUAGUUUGUUUUUUGUGUUCAAUGCAUAGUAAAUAUUAAAUCCAAGCAUUUAACAAAAAAACACCAUAAUAUAGUUCCCCACUCACUAUGGUAUUGUAGGUAAAAAAUCUCCUUAAUUGCUUUUGCUUCAGAUAUGUUGAAAUCACCUGAUCAACAUAAUUAAAGCAACAUGAGAAAUAAUAGGAUAAAAUAAAAUGACUAAAAUACCCCACCCCCAACGACCCUAAUGACUAUCCUAUCCUUUCCUAUCCGACAAACGGACAUCACAAAUGGAACAAAUGCAAAAAUCGGGGCAAAAAUGAGUAUAGGGUCGGUUUCAGACUUCAUGUUGACAUUAGCAUCAUGAUGACGUCACUGCUGAUGUUAGCUCAGUGGUCACAAGGUUCUGAAUCUUGGGUCAAACUGGGCCCUAGCUUUGUUUAUUUUAUUGGCUUACUGAUUAUUGGGCCCAUUCUGUGCUCAAAUCAAAACGAGGGGGAUUGGGUUUAAUUUAGAUAUCUUGUUGAGCCUUAGGAAAAAUAAGUUGGGCUUGUUAAUUUAGGCUUAGCCCAAUCUGAAAUUUCCCAAUAAACUAGAAGUCAAGUUAUUAACACAUAAUAAUAUAAUGUAAAUCUAAUAGAUUAAUUUGCCUUGAAAUUGGAAUGGGAUGUUUUGGAAGCCAAAGAAAGGAUAGGAUUAGCCUAGUCGCCAAGCAAGGAGAAUGAAAGUCUAAAUUUGAUUUUUGGGCUCCACCCUCACCCGCCACCCGCAUGUAUGACCCUGUGCGCCGGCGACACUUCAAGUGGAUGUUUCCUCGCCGGUGAUGACAUCACAAUCGUUGCAAAUAAUUUAGGGUGAUCUUAAUAUUUUUCUCUUCCACCUUGUGAAUGAUCAUCUUUGCAAAUAAUUUGAUGUAGUAAUUCCCGUUUUUAUAUUUUGUUUUGCUUCGUGU